CCAUAACUUCAGUUUUCUCUCCUAUAAUGUAACUACCCAAUUACCCGGGCAAGGCAGUGCCCAGAAUAGAGUUGGCAUUCCACAAAGUUUUAAUUAUUCUAUUUAUAGACUAUCGGCCUCUGAAAUGCGACACUGAGUGCAUUGAAGAAAGUGAGUGCGGUUUGUUAAUCGAACGUCAGUAAGCGGGAAAAUGUUAGGUUGAGGGCGACCAUCUCUCCUUUUUGUUGUUCUCCUACCUGCGUGUUAAGGCCUCGCGGCAGGUCACGUGUUAUUUCGGUCGCUCUCCUCCGUCCUGGCUACAUAAUUAGAUUAUUGGUAAGCCCCCCAGAAGAUUGCGGGCAGUUUUCGUUUCCUAGCUUUACACGGUGGGAGUUCUAUCAAUCAAACCAUUGGGACAGUAUUUUGAGGUUUUGAGAUGACAACUGAGCAAAAUUCCACGAAUGCUGCGGUAAGUCGUGCCGAGGAUCAUAAUCUGAGCAGGGAGUGUGCACUCAAGCUAGUCACAGGCUUUUUGACAGAUGUUUCUGUCAUAACGGAUGGUCCUCCAAUUGUACAGAGUGGAUCUAUGGACUGGACCACAUGGCAGUUGCUGGAUUCCCUUUUUCCUACCGGUGGCUUCGCCCACUCAUAUGGUCUUGAAACGGCGUAUCAAGGAGGACUGGUAUCAGACUGUGCCUCUCUUGAGAGGUUUGCGGUCAAUUCACUUCAGAACAGUGCAGGAUUGUCAUUACCAUUCGUGUUCGCAGGUAACAAGUUUCCCAAUACCGAGUGUUGGUUGGAGUUAAACAAAAUCUUGCAUGCAAUGCUUACAAAUCAUGUUGCUCGAAAGGCAUCAUUGACCCAAGGUUCAGCUCUUCUACGGACGGCAUCGACAGUGUUCACAGAGUUUCCGGAAUUGAAGAAGAUGCGCGCAUGUUCUUAUGCCCCAACGGCUACUACACCUCAUCAUGCUCCUCUGUUUGGAGUGUUAUGUGGAUUGCUUGGUGUGGAUGCAGUUACAGCUCAACGAUCAUAUUUGUUCAUGGGACUAAGGGAUAUAUUAUCAGCUGCUACAAGGCUGAACAUUACAGGUCCUCUAGAAGCAGCAAAGCUUCAACACCAGAUUGCGGGUGUAACUGAAACGCUGCUAACUAGGUAUGCAAAUAGGCCUUUGCAAGACUCAUACAGCACUUUUCCACUUGUGGACACAUUUCAGGGUGCUCAUGACCAAUUAUUUUCUCGAAUGUUUUGCUCUUGAAGUACAGCUUUUCUUCACCUCCGUCCAAGGGUUUUUUAUUGGAUGGUCAUUACUCUUGACUUGGAAUGGAACUAUGCUUGUUGUCCAAAUUGAAAACUUGAGUAUGGUGUACGACACCAGGGUGCCAGAGUAUGUUCGAUGAUAACUGUAUGAGUUCUUUCUGAUAUGGUAGCUCUAUAUCAAUAACUGUUAACUAAGUUAUAAUUUUGCACGUAUUCUCUCACAUCUGAACGCUAUCUGAACAACUGUCCUUAAUCACAUUAAGCACUUCAACUUCAUGUUAGAGAUCACAGGAUAUCUUAGCUAUUGGGACACGCUUUGAGUGAACAUUUACUUCAACCUUAUACUGGAUGAAGAGUAAAGAAAUCAAGAGUUGGCAUGUUCUUGAUUUUGAGUUUUUGAAGUAAUUCGUAAUAUAAUCGAAACAGAAACAUUUUAAGAAUUGCUUAUCCUGGAUGUGAAGCCCAAGGCGGCUGAGUUAUUAUUUACAC